GACCAAGAUGGAGAAAACGGGGAAGCUUGCCAUUUCGGUUUGUCUGGUCUCCUUGUUACUGGGCAGCAGUAAGGAGCAAACUGCGAAUACAACAUCUAUCGUCCCUGUGAAUGUGACAAACGCACCAGAGGCAAACCACACUCAGCCAAGUGUGCAACCCACCAUGACCACUCCGAUGCCCAGCAACUCCUCUACUGUGACGGCCCCCAGCAACCACACCAGUGGCAACAGGACCACAGGGCUGCCUUCCUCCUCCUCCUCCUCCUCCUCCUCCUCCACCUCCUCUUCCACCACUCCUCAUGUUUCUUCCAGACCCACAGCCACCACCACUGCAUCGGCACGGCCCAGCCUGUCCACCAGAGUCACCCAUACCUCUACAUCCACCUCCACCCGUGUCGUCACAGCCAGCCCAAACAGCACCAAGCAAACCACAAGAGUGACUGACUCUCGCACAACAACUCACAGGGGCGUCACAAACACGAGCGCCCCAGCUACUACAUUAAAAGCAGCGGCUUCCCCUUUGUCCCGGCCCCGGUGCCAGCUCCUCAUGCUUGUAAUCUCCUUUUUGAUUUGUGCAACAAUAUAAAACCCAGGGAUUCCACAUUGCAUUUGCAGUGCUUUUGCUCCAUUGUAAUAUCCAGCUUCAUUACACAGUUCAAUUCAAAUCAUAUUCAGCAGACAGAAGGAAAAAAAAAACUUUUCUCAAUCAUUAAUCACAAAUCCACAAAUCCUUCUAUGUAGUUUGUUCACAGAUUCAAAUGUGCUCAAUUUAUUUGGAGACUUGAGCCUCCAGCUUAUUGUGAGCAUCGCAGACAUUUACUGCAAUAAUGCUAUGAAGUGCUUUGUUGGCACUGAGCUCUUUUCCACCUCUGAACAUGACAGGUCCUCACAAUCCCAGCAGACCAUGAAUAAUUCCCAAUAGCAUGAGCACAAAUAACCGAAGCCACAUUUCACUCGUGAAAUUUCACGCUGAAAUAACAGAAAGGGGAUUUUUUUUUUUU